AUGCGAUUACUAUGGAUCUGUUUGCUGUUUGCAGCCCUCGCAAUCUCUGUCUCUUUAGCAGGUGAGUAUUUUUUUUUUCUGGAAUAACUCAAGUCAUCCUAGAAAGGAUUAUCGGCCCCCCGAGCCCUCCCAUCCAUGAAUUAUACAUUCUAAUCCUCCCGUAAUUCGAUGAUUUUCUUUGAAGAUGCACGCGUAAAAUAAUGAAAAAUAACGACGUUUUGGGCCUAUCCAGGUCGAGAAAGCCACUGCUCGAGCCACAAUUGAGCUAAUCAAAGUGCCUAAAUUGGCUCCAAAACCGCAUAGUUUCCCUGGCUGUUUUACUCGUUUUUCAUCCGUUUUCGCUCCUCUUUCGACACCGUCGUCAUGCACUUGAGCAGACAAAAAACCAAGAUGAAAGAGCUGAAGAGCGACGGCCGCCAGAGAUUCCAGAUGUCCGGGAGCCAUCGGGAAUCGCGCCGCCGACAAGAAAUUAAUGACGACGGGCUCUUUUUAUUCGCCCAUUCGCCAACUGUUUUCUGUCGCGUUUCGCUUUGUUCAAAUCGCCGACACAUCUGAUUUAUUCGUUGUUUAUCGUCCUCAUCAUCAACGCCCAUUAGUCUUUCGUCACACAAAAAACAUGCGUUGAUCUGCUGGCGCUCGAGAAGAGAUGAGCCGCCGGCAGAGAGCGAAACCGCAGCCGUGUGCUAUCAGAAGUGAUUCAUCACUCGACAAUGGACGCCUGUCUGUUUAUCCAGUCGGGAUUCCUUGAGUGCAUCCACCUGAUGCCACGUCACGAAAGAGCUCGGAUGUCUAAGAGAACCCACAACGAAAGCCAUUAAAAAUAGGAGAACGAGUUAAAUGUAAAUGUGGGGAUUUCUCUAGAGAUCUUUGAGAUUUAGGAGAUUUAUCACUACACACUACUCGUCGAGUCCAUCCGAUAUUCUCUGGUCUUCUUGCAUCCAAUAAUAAUAAUAGUUUUGUUUUGGUCGUUGUCACACUUCCCGUCCGCUACGCCACCCACUGGUUUCAUCGCCCUCCAACGUUUUGUCUACAAAAAGACGGAGGAAACGUGGAAAACGUCGUCGGGAUUAUUUGUAUUCGUCGUCUUCAUCCAUCGUGGGAACAUCAAUUGGUCGCGUGCCUCUCCGCACUUUCCCAUCGUCAAAUUACACCAGCUCGAGCUCUUUUCUGCAACGGACCGUCCACCACCGAUGCAUUCCGGACUCCUUCAUCCCUCUAAAAGCUUCCCGUGCGCUCCUUUCAUUCGAUUGUUUGUCAUCCAUUAUCCAAACGGGUAAAAGCGCGCUUCCGGUCACAAAAAGUGCACUUUGGGAGGAGAAUGAAAAAGUCAAAAGUCGAUGCAAUUUGGGUGAAAACUUUUCGAACCGAAACGGCCUACCAAUUCGGUGCUCUUUCGCUCCGUACAUUAAUUGAUUAUGCGCAAUCCAUAAAUUAUGAAGCACAAUGUAGCUUUCAGCUGGUUGCUCUUCUCAAUGCACUUUCCCUCAACUAUGCAUUGGUGGCUUUGUGGGGCACAUUCCGCUUUUAAGUGACCCAAUAAUGACUAAGACGCUGGUCCCCGGAAGACGCGCCAAUUGUUUGUUUAUACAAGUCGAAUGGCAUGCGGAAAGGUUUUCAAAUCUCGUUUCCGGCCUUCAAAAUACAGAAACAAAAAAGUUGGAAGGGACCGUUUGAGCCUAGGGAAAGUGUGCUCCUUUCCUUUUUAGUACCCAAAUAUCUCACAGGAAGCAUUGUCUAUCCACCCCUUCCGCUUCCACUUUUCUUGUCUGUUGCUCACCGAAAAGAGUGCACGAUUCCUUCUGAUCCGUUUCGAGAUCAUCACAUUCUUUUGAAACAAAAAAAGUGUGUUCUCUCAAGCCUUCUUACGUGUUUCUAUUCUUCCUUCAUUCCCAAUUUGAUAAACGAAAGGAUGAGGAAAACGAGAAACGGAGAAGCGAAAGAAGGCGCAUCCCCCUGGGUACAUUAUAUCUUAAACGCCUUUCGAAGAGAGCACAGCUUCACGUCGUCGUCGUGUCGCUUCACUCUCUGUCAAAAGUGUAUGGCUUAGGUCAGAUUUGAAAAAUGAUGAUGGGAGGAAGAAGGGGGAAGAAACCUGAAAGAGAAGACGGAAGUGGAUGAUAUUCGUUGAGAGGAAUUCUUAGUGCAGAACACUUUUCAGAUAGCAACCAGGUUAAGUGCUUCUGCGACCGCGAAUCGUGUGACGACAAUCUUCUGUGCCAAGGAGACUUCUGCUUCAUCGGGCUGCACCGGUCUGACGGAGGUGAGUUCCAAACUAUUUCGAAUUGCGAAAACAAAUGAGAGAUUGUACUCGAAAAAAGUGCGCAUAGAUUUAUGACGUGACAACAGGAAUGCGGAAGAGAAGCGAGAGCGAGAGAGAGAAACGAUGUUUGACAGCGGGAGCUUACUAGCAAUUUAUGAUCUCACAACGACGCGAAUUAUCAGCGAGUUCAAUCAGAGCUCUUCUUCUCCAUUCAUCUUGCUCUCUGCCGCCGCCGGCACCGCCACCGCUCCUUCGGCGGCUCGUUUUGGCGCGAAUAACAUGACGCAUUGAUGCGGGUGCACAGCAGUUGGCACACACGAAUUCCCGCGGGACUCCCACACCAAAACAAACUUCUUCUUGCUCUUCGGAGCCCUACUAGAGCUCCUCCUGCGGCUCUUCUUGCGCUCACGCGCACACGCACAAAUUGUGUCAUUCACACACCCAGACACGGAGGAGUGGAUUCAAAUUUGGAGGAAAAAGAGCAAGUGAUUCGGAGAGACCCUUUCUCUGACUCUCUCGUUUCCGCACACUCUCUCAGCGGGGAUGAGCCACCCUUCCCUUCAGGCGUGUUUCGGGUGCAAUUGGGCGCGAAAAGUGUGGUAGGAAUGUUUUUGGGAUGAAUAGAGCCGUCUGGGUAGAGAAAGAGCGGGGGAUUACUCGGAAAAAGGUGGCAUGUUUCAGGAGAAGUGCCCAGACUGAGACAGCACUGUGGAACUGCAGACGAACUGCCCUUCCUGAAUGCUCACAUCAGCUGCGAUGAACGUCAGGACAACUGGCAAGAAGUGUGCAGGUGCUCCGAGGACUUCUGCAACACUUUCGCCUUCCUCCGAUCUUCAAUCGACUCUCGCCCGGAUCCCAAGGACUCUGUACAGUUCGUCAAACAAGACGUUCAUUAUCAGCAGGACCAGAGCCGACCGGUGAGUUCUCUUCGGUCCUGCACGAACUCACUUCCACCUGUUUCAGACCGAACACGUGUAUCGUCAGCAGAAUUCCUCGCUCAUCGUGCUCCUCGUCAUCAUCCCGUUGUCGGUGGGCGGGUUCGCCGUUUGUCUGAUCUUCCUGAAUUACCACUGCAAAAUGUGCUGA